AUGAGCUGGCGGCACGCAUUGGACGAUGACGACGAGGAAGAGGAGGAGGCGGAAGAGAAGCGCCGCCGCCGAAAGCAAGACGGACGGGGCCGGCGGCAGGAGGUUCGUAAGCGGCAGCAACAGCAGCAGGACGGGGGUCGCGGGCGCCAGCAGCAGCAGAAGAGGCGGGGGAACGGCGGACCGUCGGAUGAAGGAGUGGUGUGGGUGCAGUGCGACACGUGUAAGAAGUGGCGCAGGCUGCCGGACUUCGUGGACCCGGACCAGCUCCCCCUCAAGUGGCACUGCGAGAUGAACAUCUACGACGCGGCCAGAGCCAACUGCAGAGCCAAGCAGGAGUCCUCGACCGCUACCCUGCUAGAAGCGGAGCGGAAAGUUCGGCAGCAGAAGCGGCGCCAGCAGCAGCAGCAGAGGGAAGAGGAGGAGGACGAUGAGGAGGAGGAGUCGGACGAGGAAAGCAGGGCCAAGGACGCUAACCUCCGCCGUUUCCUCUCUGGUUGGGCACGCCGCAUCAAGUGUGCGGAGAAGGCGAAGUCGAAGCUGGCUCCCUCCAUGUCCACCCGCGGGAAGCGCAAGGCCCCUUCGCAGGCCCAGUGGGUUAGGUGCCAGAACUGCGGAAAGUGGAGAGCGCUCCUGAGGUGCAUGGAUGCCUCGCUCUUCCUGGGGCACGGACAGCAAUUCUACUGCCUCAUGAACACGUGGAACGAGUCUCUGGCGAGCUGCUCCGCCCCGCAGGAGAACCAGUACACCGUCGACGCCCUCUUCCCCCCCCCGGAGCCAGCACGCUCCGACAGCGACCACGACGAAGACGCCGGCGGCGGUGGCGGCGGUGGCGGCCACGGCAUGAACCGUCGUGAUGGCGGCGACAGCGACUACGAGGGGGGAGGUAGGCCAAGCAGCAUGUACGACUAUGGUGAGUACAACUACGAAUUCAGCCCCGGCAUGAGGCACGGCGCUUCUUCCAGAGCGGGGGGGCGGGGGGCAGGGAGGGGGGCCGAGCGCGAGGGAUGGUACCACGGCGACGAAUACUACUGAGUGUGGUACCACCGGGGGGGGGCAAGCUGGCAUCCGUUGCCCCCACACGCAGCAGCCGAAGCGACCGUCGCUGCUGCUGCUGCUGCUGCUGGUGUUGUGUCUCCCGGGGCGUGAGAUUUGGGCCCGUGGGUGCUGGGCGGGCGAAGCGGCGGCGUCAAGCGCAGUCGCUGGUGAUGGUGGUGGCUCUUGACUCCGAUGGAAGAAAGUGGAAAACGACAGCUAAGACGGCCAUGCCACACCAGGCUAGGGCCGCGUGGAAUUGCCUCCGCUUGUAAGACCCAGCGUCGCAUUCGGGUGGGUGGGCGCAAUUGGUGCUUUCCGCUGCCGUGAAUGGUGUGAGUGGCUCCCCUCCUAGGCUUCGGAAAUCUGCACCGCUUGCUCUCGUCCACAAUGCCCUUCGACUGGUACACGGUCAAAAGCCCGCCACAGCCGGCACUAAAUGUGCCGUUUUUUGGCCUAAUCGUUUAACACUCUCGAAUGGGGGUGGUUGGGGGGGAGAGACAGAGAUUGUGCGGUCCCUUGGUGUUCUGCCACCUGGGGUCGGUAGGGUAGUCUUGGUAAAGUUUGAGUAACCUGUGGUGAGCCUCGGACCUUGCAAGCCUUGUGAUUUGGGCGUUUUAGAGUCCUAACGUCUUGAAUAGAGUGUUAACCCCCCCACACAAGCUGGAGUUGUGACGGGAGUAGGGCUAGACAGCGCGUGGCUCUUUCGUUCCGCUUGCUGCGGAACAAAGAGACAGAGCUUCGCCGAAGCUUUGAAGUGGCUUGAACCCGCAGUGAUGGGGUGGUCGCACGUGCCAGUGUUACGCAGCGUGCGCUUCAGAUUGUUUGCAUACGCAAUAAUAGCGAUGAGGAGCAGAGAGAAGGGUGAUGCGUGUUUGGUAGUGGGAAAGGUUCUAUACCAUAGAUGUUUAUUCCAGAAGCGUAGCAUAUUGCAUAUAACACACAGUUCUCCCCGGUUUGUAUGAAAACCAUAUUAUAGUAGUCUCGUAUUGUGUGGGGGCAAUGGCCCACCACUAGCAGCCUGUUGUGUCAAGUGCAUCUUUUGGCGCUGCGGCUAACAAACCUUGCCAUUUCUUUUGUUAAUCAACACCUUAGCCCCACUUUCCUAGAACGGGUGACCCCACGAGAGCCUUUAUCGUCUAGUAUCCACAGAAGAUCCAUGUUUGUUUAUUGGCUUGUGCUUUUGUCUCCUGUGCGGGUUUAGGACGUUGUCAGCUUGGUUGUGAAAGCAACAUGAAGACGUUUUACAUGAGUACAAGCUCGCUUUGCCGCGUCGGACUUAACCUGAGUGCUAGUGCAAGACAGCGAUACCCGGCAUCUCCUCCGCCAGACGUCUGCAGUAAGUGUAGGCAAGUUGGGGCAGGGUCAGGCGGCGCUUCGCCGGUACGUUUUUUUCGGCGGUGGUGGACUGACCAUUGGGUACGGAAGAACCGGCAUGCAUAGCAGCAGCGGGUGUUGAUCUCCUCCGGUUGGCACGUUGCGGCCCGUGAAUCGAUUAUUACGUGUUUCAGGUGCGGUGGUUCGAAGUAGUGCUUCGAGAGAGCAAUGUUAAUGUUCUUUGGUGUGGUGAGGUGUGUUUUGUUGUCUUGACCAAAGUUGGCUGGCGGUUCGGCGUGUUGGUGGCAGGAGUAUUAUUUUUGCUUCCUCCAUUGGCAUGGACACGUGCAGUGCGUAGAGAAGCGGCUCGAUAUGUAGCCGUACACACGAGCCGGGGCAUGACCUUUCCUCCCGCCAUAGCGUUCG